UUGCUCAAUAGCUGGCACACCUGCCUGUAGGCAAAUGCCUUCUACCGCUGGAGCUCCUCACGCACCUGUCGGCGGUCUGUGGUGCUGCCCUUGAAGCGCUGCUGCAGUGAACCAGCGUCCCCACAGGCAGCGUUGCUCUGCGUGCACCCGUCAGGCGACCGACCAGUCACUGGACACAAGUGACUAACCGCCGGAUCACACCUUGAGAGAUUCCACCGCGUCUCGGCAACUUUCCUUCACCACCACCGACCGAGCCCAAAGACACACGGUUUAACUCAGUGUUUUGGAACUCAAAUUUUGGGCUGCAAAAAUGAUGACCGCUUCUCUUCCAGCGCUGCUCGCUACUCUGUGGGCAGCAGCUGCUAAAGCGUCUCAGCCUGGAGCUGUACCGCCAGUUGCCGCGCCGCUACGAGACCUGACUUGGGGACAGCUCAACUUCCUCCAUUCUACCGAUACACAUGGCUGGCUAGGUGGUCAUUUGUUAGAAGCGCAAUACUCAGCCGACUGGGGAGACUACAUCUCGUUUGCCGAGCACCUGCGAGCCCGAGCCGACAAAGAAGGAGUCGAUCUACUCCUAGUUGACACAGGCGAUCGAAUCGAAGGAAACGGUCUUUACGACUCGUCGACUCCCAAGGGCCUCUUCUAUUAUGAUAUUUACCGCGAGCAGAGCGUCGACAUCAUCACUAUUGGCAACCACGAGCUCUACCAGUCCUAUGCUGCUGAUCGUGAACUAAACACCACGGUUCCCAACUACAAGUCCAAGUACAUCGCUUCGAAUCUCGAUGUUAUCGACCGAAAUACUGGCGAGCGCGUCCCACUAGCGCAACGUUACCGAAAGUUUACGACCAAGAACCAAGGAAUCGAGAUUGUCGCUUUUGGCUUCCUCUUCGACUUUACCGGCAACGCCAACAAUUCGUUUGUCCAGAAGGCAGAGGAUACCGUCAAGGAGGCUUGGUUCCAAGAAGCCAUACGCGAGAACCCAGACGUAUUCGUGGUUGCUGGCCACGUUGGCGUCCGCAUGCCAGAAUACAAAACCAUCUUCAACGCCAUCCGCAAACAGAACCCAAGCACGCCCAUCGUUUUCUUUGGCGGCCACGUCCAUGUUCGCGAUGCAACUCAAUAUGACUCCAGAUCGUUUGCUAUGGCAUCUGGGCGCUAUUUCGAAACGCUUGGUUGGAUGUCUGUCGACGGCAUCAAGGGUGCCGCACAAGGCUUCUUUUCUUCAUUGCCAAAGUUCACCCGCAAAUAUAUCGAUACCAACCUGUAUGGCAUGCAUUACCACAGCGGUACAAACGAGACAACCUUUCCCACUGCACUUGGCACCCGUGUCAGUGCCAUGAUUGCUAGGGCUAGAAAAGCGCUUGAUCUCGACUACCAAUUUGGCUGUGCCCCAAAGAACUUGUGGACCAGCCGUGUGAGCUACCCAGACAAGGACAGUAUUUUCUCAUGGCUUCAGGAUGAGGUCUUCCCCGAAACUGUCAUCAACAAAGACCGCCACGAGAAGCCACGCCUCGUCAUUAUGAACACUGGUGGUGUGCGCUUCGAUGUGUUCAAGGGUCCCUUUACUCGCGACAGCACAUAUCUCAUCAGCCCGUUUACCAGCGGCUUCAAAUAUGUUCCAGAUGUACCAUACAGUAUUGCCAAGAAGGUGCUGCCUCUCCUAAACAGUGCUGGCAAGAUCUUUUCGUCCGACGCUCUCGAUACUAGCCAACUUGCCAUCCCGGAGCACCACUUCGCAGCAUUUGCGACGCAGGAUAAGCAGGCCGAGGCCGAGCUGGAGCUUCGCAGCCUCCAUGGUGAUCGUUCUAGCCGCGGCGAUAUUCCGCUCACCAGCGGAUACACUACCAGAGAUGAUCUAGGUAACGAUGGUGAUGACACUAUUCAUGAGCCCAUCAAAUUCUUCAGCGUGCCCAAUUGCGUCCAAUCGGAAAUCGCAUUCCCAGAGGGUGAAGAGCCCACGACUGUCGACCUCGUCUUUAUUGACUUCAUCCAGCCGUGGAUCAUUCCUGCUCUUCAAUUAUCUGGCGGCCACUUUACCAAUGAUGACAUCAAAGUCUAUAUGGAGGGUACAAUGGCGUCCAAGAUGGCGGAAUGGAUCAGCAAGAACUGGCAGGAACAUUGUUAGAUUAGCCACAGUCUUUUGGAUAUUUAGAAUCACAUAUAUAUAGAAUCUAAGACAAAUAUAACCAAUACUCCAUCACACGUUCCGUAGUGUUUACUUGCUGCUCUUUUCCAAUAUAAAUGCAUUAUGCUAUAUCAAGUAAUUGCGCGUCUAUCACAUUACACACUUUUUUAUUCUUAACAAAAAUUCCGUUUUCUAUACAUCAACCGCUCUCCUUGUCCUCCCAUUUGUUUUUAAAAGAAAAUGACGUUCAAAUGAAAGCCUCCCAGGUUCUCUUAAUCUGCUUGCUUCGCACCAUAGGGCCAAGGCACACUACACCAACAAAGAGUGCAAUAACGGUGGCAGUUACUGUCAGCUUGCUGAAUCCCUUGCCAAGAGUAUCAAAGGGUCCGCUGGGGACAAUGCGGGUGCCAAAGAUAUCGAUGCCAAAUGCAACAAACAGACUGGUGCUUUCGACGACCGCCGGGGUCGAUGCAAAGCCAAUAACGCCAAUAACUUCACGCUCGUGGCUGACGAAAGCGCGCGAGUCGAGCUCGAUGGCCGGCGAGUAUCUGGGCAGACCCUCGGCCUCCAUUUCCGCGGCAGAAGGAUCACGGCCAAUAGCACGGCGAGGAUCGAUCCACAAGCGAGGGAGCGAGAGGAUGGAGUUGGCCUCUGGCAGGUAAGCCAGAAGGUUCUUGCUAGAGAUGCCCUGGCGAGUCUGUGUGGACGCCAGUUGACCCAACGGCUGCGAUAUGACGAAAGACUGGGAAAUGGCGUGUGGCAGGGGAGGCUGUGUGGGGUGGUCAACGGGCUCGAGGGAUGAUGCCUUGUCGUCAUCCUCAAGAGGGCCACGGUCGUUGGGGUUCGGCGACUCGUAGAGGUCAGUGCUGACCACCUGAUAACCCUUGAUGGACUGGUUCGAGCCGUCGUCGAGGAGGUAGUCGCCAAAGAAGGAGCACGCGUACCAGUUCUCGAUGAUCGUGCAAGAGAUUUCCUUGUCGAGGUCGACUCCAGUGUAUCUCUGCGAGACCAAAAUCUGGCCGGAAACGGUGUCAAUGAGCUGGAUUGUAACAAUAGAAGAGGCCUUCUCAGCAAGGACAAUGACGGCGGUGUUGGGGUUCAGGUACUUGUAGCUGACGCGGCGAUCACCAAGCACGCGGCCAAUAGAGGCAAUAGGCUGGAAGGCAGGAGGCGUGGCAACUUCGAUAAUCUCUUGGCCAAAGAGAGCCUUGACUUGCCAGAUCUCUUGCUUCUCGAUCUUCUUUCCAUUUUGCACAAGCUUGAUACCCUUGAUGGUCUGGUCAUCGCGGAUAAUGAUGGUAUCGUCGCCAAGAGAGCCACCGAGCUGUUCAUCGGCGGGCAGACCAUCAGGACCCAGGGCAAGAAGCCAUGUACGUGAGUCCUCCGUAAUAGUGGCGACGCUAGCAAUGGGCUUUCCUGUAGCUUCGGCAUGGAUGAUGCGGCCAUCAGUAGAGCUGAUGAGAACGGACUCGCCCUUGGAGCCUCGCAUGAGGACGAGACCUUCAUCGUCCUGAACAGUCAAACCCUUAACAACCAAGCUCUCGCCAUCGGCCUGGGGGAGAACAUGCUGAGACCAGACGAUCUUGCCGUGGUUACCAGUGCUAAGACCGUAGAAGCGGCCGCGGCGGGUAACGACAACAAUGAUCUUGUUGAAACCAAAGCUAUCAGGAAUCAGAGCACCAGUGCUUCCAGAAUCGGGGCUGAUAAUGGAGUUGACAAUGUUGCCUGGGAGGGCAAUAAGAUACUCAGGAAGGUGCUUAAGAUCAGCCAGGUGUCUGUUGACUCGGUGAAUGUAAGCAGAAAUCGGGUUGGUGUGUGCCUCUUCGGCCAAAACCUUGGCUAGGUUUUCAGCUUCGGGAAGUUCUGCCCAGACAGCUGCAACAGCACCGGUGAGGCCUUCAUGUCUGGUCCAGUCACUCUGACCGUUGCGGAUCAGCACCCAGUCCUCGUCCUGGGUAACAACGGCGGAGCGAACAGCAAAUUCCUUGCCACCGGGCUUAGGAAUGACCUCGGAUGCGGAGCUGACAGACUUGAGGCCACCCUUGACGGUCAGUGGCCACUUGGCAAGGAUUCCAUGAGAUUCGGAAGAUACAAUGGUAACUUCAUCCUCCGAAAUACGGGUGAAGUAGACGUUGGCGUUGUCGCUGCUGACUGAGAAGGCGCCGUGGCCGGCGAGAUGAGGAAGCUCGUACGCCUUGGUAAUCUGGCUCUUCUUCAGCUCGACGUGGAAGACCUCAGCCUUGUUUCCAGUCUUGGUAACGGCAUGAACAAGGAAGUGCGGGGAGGUCUGGAGUUGGUGAGGAGCAUGGACAUGGACUUCGGUCGUGUCUGCGGGUAGCGCGAACUCCUGCUUGGACUUGGAUCCAAGAACCUGGACAUUGAGCUUUGUCUUAUCGGCAUUGGUCCAUGCGACAACAGGCGCAGCUGAGUUGGCGCCAACAAACAUGACAUCCUUAGCAUCCUGAACCUCAUUCUUAGCUCCUACGGUCCACUGGUCAACUCGCAAGCCAGUUGCGGGGUUGAGGCUCGUGGUCUUGAUGCUGUAGGAUGAAGGCGAUCCAUGGAGACUGAUGACGAAAAUGCUCGCAAUGUUGUUGGAAACCUGAAGAGCAACAUCCUUGCUCGUCUCACGGAACUCCCACACCACAGUACCUUUGUCGCCAUUGAGGCGGCGCAGGACGGUUGUGCCAUCUUCGUCAAAGAGGGCGAGGACAUCCUUCCUAGCACCCUCCAUCAAUUCAAUUGUUUCAAUAUCUCUAGCCUCUCCCUCAAACUUGGUAUGCCACACACUUCGACCGGUCAUUGCGUCCCAGGCCGUAACUCGUCGACCGUGGGCAGCCACCAGCCAGUUCUGGCCCUCGGGGGCUCUGAGGAAGCUGGUGCUUUCUGUAACAUCGUCCGAAAUAUGUUGGCGCCAAACUACUUCUCCAUUGGAGGGAUUAAUGGCACCAAUGACGCCAACAUCGCUCAGAGUGUAAAGCAGACUGGCCUUGUCGUCUGGUCUGGGCCGGUGGAAGAAGGUGGUGUCGCUCUGGGGGAUGCCAACCAACUUGUGGUGGAAGUCGAUAUCGCCGACCUCAUCUUUGUAAAUGGCGGCCGUGAGCGUCGACAGACCCAGCAGCAGCGAAGCGUAGAUCUGGGACCGCAUUUCGAAGCACGAUUCGGAGGGGUGUGGUGCGUCCUAGGCUUGGAUUGGCGCGAUGCUGCGAUAGAGGCAGCUUGGGUUGGUCUACGUAUAGCUUUCCCCUACUAAGGUCCGCUUUGCUGCGGCGGAAUUCUGCUUAGUCAUGAUUCCGCUGUAGGGUAGCGGUUUACAGCGACCAGAACGCAGCCGG